AUGCCCUCGCUGGUUUCUAUUCCUGAACCGCAACGCACUGGGAGUGAAGCUUCGGAUAAGGCGUGGUCCGCAACGAGCUCCCUGGUGGACUACGUUUGUCGUCUGGAUGAACGCAGCAUCGACAUGCUAUUCACGGCCUGCGAUUUGACGGUGUUCGGAAUCCUCCGGGCUUUGCCUCCGCUUGCGAAAAUUAUCUUGUUCCGUUUUCUCGCACUGAGCGACUAUGUGCAAGAAAUACCUGCACAUAUUGUGACUGCCUGGAUCGCGGACCCUCGCACCGAGGAGCGCAACGACCCCGUCUGGGGCCAUACAUCGAGAACUAGUGCCAAAUCAACGUCUGCCUUCCCCGACUCGGAGCGCGAACGAAACCUAAUCGUAUCCCGUAUCCUGCACGUCCUUACCAGGCUGCGUUUUCUGCGCCGAACGGUGCAGGAGCAACCAUCGAACGGCACAUCCCAGGAGCUCGUGACCUAUGCCUUACCACCAGCAAUCCGUGAACAUCUCCUGAGGUACCUCUGGGCAACCACAAAUUCGCAAGAGAAUCUCGAGGGGGCAUGCACGCCCCGGAGAAGCAGUGCCAGCUCUGUUGAUGCCUCAACACGCGCAUCAUGGAUUCGCCUUCUCGAGCCGUUUCAGCGCAUAGCGAACGCCAGCGAUGGUCGAAUACCAACAAGGCUCACAGCACCGCAACUCCGAGAGUACACUCGUCAUGCAUGGGAGCACGUUUUACACUUUGUGAUUGGCAUCCCCGUGGCGGAGCCUGAAAUCAGGCAACCCACGGGUCCUGAACACACUCCAGAACACGUCAUGGAGCCGCCGUCUGACGAAGUCAUCGAAGCACUGCUGAGUUUGGGAGUCAGCGAGCAAGUCGGCUCCGAUGGGAUGCGCAUCACUGAACGAGGUUUCUCGUACCUUCUCCUCGAUAUUCAUGCACAGUUGUGGGCCCUGCUCGAAGCAUACAUGGAAAACUGGGAUGAAGCGCGUGGUGAUCGUCUCGAACUCUUCGAUCUGUUGUUCCGUCUGGGUUUCUCUGUGCCCGGACACAUCUACGAUGGCGGCGAUCCGAGCCUGUCCGCAGCACAGUGCCGAAUGCUCGGCUUUCUUGCGGAAAUCGGCCUCGUAUACCUCAUGGAAACAGAGCAAAGCAGACAAGAUGGCGACAACGAUGAACAGCUCGUGAUUCGCAGGCGCCGCCCGGGCCGGCCCCUGUACCUGCACGCCACGUCAACGAAAGACAGUCGUCGCAGCCCGGAUGGACAGGCACGCUUCACAUCGUCGCCGCUGCAACCACUUGGCAGCCUGAUGGAUGCCAACGACCGGGUGGCAACCAACAUCAGUGCGGCUGUGCCCGGGAAAAACGAUUUGACCUUCGAUCGUCGGGUGGCUGCGCUCUUGAAGAAGCACUCGUCCAGGGUGCUGUUUUCGCCAACUCCGCUGGGUACACAGCUCAUGAUGGGGCCCGCCCUCGAUCCUGUGGUCGCUCGUGAGCAGCCUGAUGCAGUGCCCCGGCAUGCUGAGAUCCUCAUCGAAUCCGAACCUGUACUUGCAACUCCAUCUGCAGGCAGGAGACCAAGCUUGGGGCGGUCCAUCCUGAGCGGAUCGCCAUUCCAAAUCAUUGUGGAGACGAACUUCCGCCUAUAUGCCUAUGCUGCUUCCUCGUUCCAGGUGGCAUUGCUUUCGCUCUUCACGCGGAUCCUCUAUCGCAUGCCGGGCGUUGCCAUUGGGGUCAUCACGCGAGACUCAGUGCGACGCGCUCUCAAGUGCGGCAUCACCGCCAAACAGCUGCUGCACUUUCUAGGUAUCCAUUCCAUGGAGGGCAAAAGCGUCCCUUUUAACGUGCAUGACCAAAUCCUGCUCUGGGAAUUGGAGCGCAAACGGAUCCAGGCGUAUCCUGGGGUCCUCCUGGAGGGCUUCGAGCCCACCUCCGACGGUCGCGCCUUUUUCGACCAACUCCAGGAGUACACGGUAGAACUUGGAGCCCAACAGUGGUGUGAUCGAGUGCGCCAGUUGUUGGUUGCAGACGCGUCGUCCUUUGAAAGGCUACGAGAGUGGAUUCGGAGGCAGGCGCAGACGCUUUCUUGA